AUGUUUAUUAUAUUCUCAAAAGGACAGUAUUUGUGUCUGGCUUUUCCACUCAUCACUUUGUUUGUCAGUACAUUACCCGCAAGGGCGUGUAACUGCAUAUCCAGUUCUUUUAUUUAUUUAUUUUCUCUUUCCCUCCUCUUUGCUUCUUUGUCACCCCCCCCCACCACAAAAGGGCUCCUGCGCCCAAAAAAGUUUAACAACACAUUAUAGAGUUAUAGUCAUUCAACAACACACCGCAUCGAGAUCAAUCAGGAUCAAUAUUCGAGUCAAGUCGCCGUAGCUAGUUUAUGUUAGGUUUUAUCAGAAUCAGAACUCACUUGACUUGCAUGAAA